AUGGUUGUUCGGAUUGCAAAAGACCAGCCUGCGGGCUUCACAAACCGCAUCGAGCGCGUUGCGAUCGUUGGCGCUGGCGGUUCAAUCGGCAAACACCUCACAGCCGCCCUUGUCAAGACUGGCAAACACACGAUAACAGCCAUCACUCGACCGGACAGUACAAACCAAAUCCCAGACGGUGUCCACAUCGAGCGCGUCGAUUACGCCACCGACGACGAUACCACCCUCAUCGAGGUCCUCCGCGGCCAACAAGCCCUGAUAAUAACAAUGAACGUCUUCGCUCCCCCGGACACAAUCAUAAAACUCAUACGCGCAGCAGCCAAGGCGGGCGUCCCCUACAUUCUACCGAACUGGUACGGGCACGACGCGGCGAAUGACGGGCUGUGCGAGGAUAGCAUGCUCGCUCCAAACCGGGACCGCGUCAUCGCUGAGAUCAAGGAGCUUGGCGUGAGCGCAUACUUGUUCCUGGUUUGUGGCUUCUGGUACGAGUUUAGUCUCGGUGGCGGACCGGAUCGGUACGGUUUUGAUUUCGCAAAGAGGACGUUUAUGCUCUUUGAUGAGGGGGAUGUACCCAUCAACACGACAACAUGGCCGCAGUGUGGACGGGCAGUUGCGGGGUUGCUCUCGUUGAAGGAGUUACCGGAGGAUGAGAGCGAUGGGGAGCCCACCCUCGCUCGGUUCGCGAACUGCUGUGUGUAUGUUUCAAGUUUCCGGCUCACGCAGAAGGACAUGUUUGAAAGUGUGAAGAGGGUGACCGGCACCCAGAAUGAAGAUUGGACGAUCACCAAGGGCUUGGUAAAAGAGAGGUUUAGGGAGGGGCAGGAAGGUCUGCAGGUGCAUAAUUGGAAGGUGUUUACGAAAAUGCUCUACAGCCGGAUGUUCUUCGCGAAUGGAGAUGGGGAUUACGAGUCUCGACGCGGUCUGGAUAAUGCAGUGCUCGGGCUGCCCGUUGAGGAUCUGGAUGAAGCGACGAGGGAGGGCAUCCGCAUGGGCGAGGCGGGCGAGGUGCCGUUUUCUCAUUGA